UGGUCAAAACGGAUACGGAUGUCCAGUAGUUGUAUAUUUAUAUAAAAUAUAGGUAGAUAAUUGUGAAGGAAAAAUCAAUACUGGGUUUGCUGUAGGACCAAGUACUUGUUGAAAUUAGAAAAAAUGAGUGCAACGGAAUAUGUGCAAAUAAAAGACAUUAAAGCUGGUAUGAGGAAUAUUAAUGCCGUUUUUAUAGUAUUGGAGGUGGGUCAACCUAUAUUAACAAAACAGGGACAUGAAAUUCGCAUAUUGCGAGUUGCGGACCCUACGGCCAUGAUCAAUUUUUCUGUAUGGGAUGAGGCAGGAGCGUUAUUGCAGCCGGGAGAUAUUGUACGACUUACACGCGGUUAUGCGGCUUUGUGGCGUUGCUCCCUUACGUUGUAUACUGGAAAAUAUGGCGAUAUACAGAAGGUGGACGAAUUCUGCAUGGUCUUCAAUGAAGAAUUGAACAUGAGUGAGCCCCAGCCAGCUCUUGCCGCCAUGUCUCAGGGCCAACAGCAUUCUCAUGCAGCGUCACUCUCACUUAUGCCAAAUGCAGCAAGUGAUCAAGUCAACAACUCUAAGCAAGAUCCAUUUGAUAGUCAACAAAAGCAUAAAAGUUAUAUGUAGUGAAGGCACUAAAUCAGCAACAAAUAUAUCUGGCCCAAUUGGAAAAAGUGAAACCAAAGUAGCUGUUAUCUUGCCGAACUCAUCGGGCCAGACAAUGUUAGAGAACUAUAAGAAAACAUGGAUGUGUUUGUCUCUAUAAGUAUAGUUAAAAUGUAUCUGCAUGUUAUGUUACAUUAAAUAAAUUAUAUUGUGUACUAGACAUUACUCUCUGCUUGAUUAUUAAAUCCCAUAAAUAUGUAA